GUUCCUCCUCUGUGGACAAGGAGGCCCCAUGUUCCUCCUCAGCUUCUGUGGUCACCAUGCACCCUCCUCCUGCUGUCUUCCUCCUUUUCACACACACAGGCACCCAGACACCUCCAGAGAUGCUGCUGCUGCUGCUGCUGCUGCCGCUGCCCCUGCUGUGGGCAGGGUCCCUGGCUCAGAAGCCCGAAUACAUGCUGCAAGUACAGGAGUUGGUGACAGUGCAGGAGGGCCUGUGUGUCUUCGUGCCCUGCAGUGUGUCCUACCCCCAGGAAGGCUGGACUGAGGCUGACCCAGCUUAUGGCUUCUGGUUCCUGGAAGGAGCUCAUACAACCAAGGAUGCUCCAGUGGCCACAAACAAACAAGAUCGUGAAGUGCAGAAGGAGACCCAGGGCCGAUUCCUCCUCAUUGGGGAUCCUGCAGCCCACAACUGCUCCCUGGACAUCAGAGACGCCAGGAAGACAGAUGAUGGGUCGUACUUUUUUCGGGUGGAGAGAGGAACUACGCUAAAAUAUUCCUUCACACGGAAAAAACUCACCGUGCGUGUGACGGCCUUGACCCACACACCUGACAUCCUCAUCCCAGGAACCCUGGAGUCUGGCCGCCCCACAGACCUGACCUGCUCUGUGCCCUGGGCCUGUGAGCGGGGCACGCCCCCCCUCUUCUCCUGGACAUCAACUACUCACCCUUCCCUGGUCCCCAUGACCCACAACUCCUCAGUGCUCACCCUCACCCCACGGCCCCAGGACAAUGGUGCCACCCUGACCUGUGAGGUGACCUUGCUUGGUGCCAGAGUGACCAUGAAGACAAUCCACCUCAAUGUGUCCUAUUCUCCACAGAACAUGACUGUAACUUUCCUCCGAGGAAAUGACUCAGCACCCAGAGUCCUGGAGGAUGGUUCAUCUGUUGAAGUCAUGGAGGGUGACUACUUGCGUCUGGUCUGUGAAGCUGACAGCAACCCCCCUGCCCGGUUGAGCUGGACACAAAAGAACUGGAUCCGGAGCUCCCCCAAGCCUGGGGUCCUGGAGCUGCCCAGAGUGCAGGCUGGAGAUGAAGGGAAAUUCUCCUGUCAGGCUGAGAACCCUCAGGGCUCCCUGCACCUCUCUGUGAACCUCCUUCUGACCAGAAAAUCAGGGCCUAUGGCAGUGGUGGUACUGGUGGCCACUGUGGAAGCUGUUGUGAAGAUACUGCUCCUCCUCCUCUGCUUCAUCGUCCUCAUGGUCAGGUACCACUUGAUGAAGCCACCCGUCCUACACAACCGGAAGUGUCAGAUCAAAGAGGUGGAGCCAGAAGGCUUCCCAGAUCUGAUGGCCUGCACCCAGACACCUCCAGAGAUGCUGCUGCCGCUGCUGCUGCCACUGCUGCUGCCACCCCUGCUGCCGCCCCUGCUGUGGGCAGGGUCCCUGGCUCAGAAGCCCGAAUACAUGCUGCAAGUACAGGAGUUGGUGACAGUGCAGGAGGGCCUGUGUGUCUUCGUGCCCUGCAGUGUGUCCUACCCCCAGGAAGGCUGGACUGAGGCUGACCCAGCUUAUGGCUUCUGGUUCCUGGAAGGAGCUCAUGUACACAACGAUGCUCCAGUGGCCACGAACAAACAAGAUCGUGAAGUGCAGAAGGAGACCCAGGGCCGAUUCCUCCUCACUGGGGAUCCUGGGAACCACAACUGCUCCCUGGACAUCAGACACGCCAGGAAGACAGAUGAUGGGUCGUACUUUUUUCGGGUGGAGAGAGGAAUUAAGCUAAAACAUUCUUUCAUACAGCAGAAACUCACCGUGCAUGUGACGGCCUUGACCCACACACCUGACAUCCUCAUCCCAGGAACCCUGGAGUCUGGCCGCCCCACAGACCUGACCUGCUCUGUACCCUGGGCCUGUGAGCAGGGCACGCCCCCCCUCUUCUCCUGGACAUCAGCUACUCACCCUUCCCUGGUCCCCAUGACCCACAACUCCUCAGUGCUCACCCUCACCCCACGGCCCCAGGACAAUGGUGCCACCCUGACCUGUGAGGUGACCUUGCUUGGUGCCAGAGUGACCAUGAAGACAAUCCACCUCAAUGUGUCCUACUCUCCACAGAACAUGACUGUAACUUUCCUCCGAGGAAACGACUCAGCACCCAGAGUCCUGGAGGAUGGGUCAUCUGUUGAAGUCAUGGAGGGUGAAUACUUGCGUCUGGUCUGUGAAGCUGACAGCAACCCCCCUGCCCAGUUGAGCUGGACACGAAGGGACUGUAUCCAUAGCUCCCCUAAGCCUGGGGUCCUGGAGCUGCCCAGAGUGCAGGCUGGAGAUGAAGGGAAAUUCUCCUGUCAGGCUGAGAACCCUCAGGGCUCCCUGCACCUCUCUGUGAACCUCCUUCUGCCCAGAGGAAAUCAUGGGCCUUUAACGGGAGUGACGCUGGGGGCCAUCGUGGGAGCAGGCGUCAGCACUUUGCUCUUUCUGUUCUGCAUCAUCGCCAUCAUAGUGAGGUCCUACAGGAAGAAAGCGUUGAGGCAAGCAGCAGACACGGGGGACACAGGCAUGGAGGGUGCAGUUGCCACCACAAGCACAAUCUCUCAGGGUCCCCUGAUUGAACCCGGGACAGGCAGCCUCACAGACCACCCUCCCACAGCUAUGGCUGUCCCUGCCUUGGAGGAAACAGGAGAGAUUCAAUAUGCAACCCUGAGAUUUCAACAGAUGGCGCCUAGGGACCCUCAGGAACGGGAGGAGGUGCCUGAAAAUGAGUACUCUGAGAUCAAGAUUUCCAAGUGAGAACGGUGGAGGUGUGUGGCCCUGGCUUGAGGAACACAGCUCCUGCAAGCAAAGAAGAAAAAAAGAAAAACAGGGGCUGAUUCUUGUAGAAUUAAAAGCCCUCUGGGUGAUGAGUUAGACGCAUAGUGGAAAGAACACUGCCUCUGGACCCAAAGAGUUGUGAGUUCAAAUCCCCACUCUGCUUCUUUACUAAAUAAGUGACAGUAGUCAGAUUCCUGCCUUUCUGUGCUUCCGUUUCCUGCCCUGCAAAAUCAGUGGAGAAGCUUUGCCUGAGAGUGUGUGGUGAGAAUCACAGAAAUAGAAUCCUAUCAGAGCGCCUGGCUCAGUAUGUACGCUGAGUGCCUGGCUGGGUUUCUGGGCUUUGAACAAAAAGUUCCCACCAGGAAGUUCUCCUGACUCUGGAAGUGACCAGCAUCAGUCCCUGGCACACUGAGGUCCCACCCCUUGGAAUGCCCCACCCAGCCUUCAUCCACGUGUGUCUUUGAAAGUGGGGCUCAGGGGGUGAACUUCUGGGUUGAGAUGCAAGUCAAGCAGGAGCUCAUGAUGUUCCCCAUAAAAGACAAACCAAAUGAAUGAGAUGUAUCCAAGCUGAUCGAACAGCCAUCUAAUGAAUCAAACAACACGAUCUGAAAAUUCACCUCCACACGUCCAUAGAUUCAGCCAUCAAGGAGUCCCUGUCUCUCUCUGUGUCCAUCGCUCUCCUUCCCUGCUCCUUUCUUUCCAUCUUUCCUCCUCCCUCCCUCUUUCUUUCCUUCCCUUUUCUUUCUUCAAUUGUAACUGCCAGAGUAAUGAACACAUUUGUUUAUAUACUUUGGGGCACGUCCAUAAAGACAGCUCUGAAAAAAACUUCCCAAAAUAGCAUUAUGGGGUCUGAACUCACUUCACGCUCGUUUAACUUUAUUGAUUCCUGCCCUCCCCCUCCAGAUUAUAAAAGCAAUGUAUGUACUUUGUGAGAAAAACACAUGUUCGAAUAUACAGUAAAGUGUAAAGAGGGAAGUUAAGAGAGAGCACUAUUAAUAAUUAACAUUUUUCCACAA